GCUGGGUACACAAUCUCGUUGCCUUUAGGGGUGCCAUCCUCGGAAGUCGGCUCAGCAAUGAUAUAAGAAACACCACAGCCUCUCUGGUAAAGCUCGUGAUGAGCUUGUGUUCUAGGCUUGUUAGCUUUGGGUUCUGUCAACGAGCGACUUCAUCUCUCAGUAAACGACUUAGACUCGAUUGCACUGACAUGAACGACUCCUCGCAAUGAGCGUUAGCGACGACUAUUUCGGCCCGCAGGUGCGUGGCUACUUUGAUUUCACCGUCUUAUUCGAACAGAGCAUCCUCUCCAUCCUGCCAUCCGCUCUCUUUAUCCUCCUAGUCCCGAUCAGGAUCACCUCGCUCUUACGCAAUAAUAUCCGCGUUGACUCAGGAAAACUCCUGUGGCUGAAGCUGUCAGCCGUAACCACGUUUCUAUGCCUUCAAAUAGCCCUCAUUACACUAUGGUCUCUCCCAACCACCCCCAACACAAAAGCCUCGACAGCAGAAAGCGCCCUCGGCCUCAUCGAAGCCAUCGUAAUCGGCGCCCUCUCGUACACAGAACACAAGCGCUCCGUCAGGCCGUCCCUGCUCCUCGGCGGUUACCUCGUCCUGGCCAUCAUUCUCGACACCGCACAUGCCAGGACACUAUGGAUCCGAGACGGUCUUACCCCCAUCGCCGGCGUCUUCGCGGCCUCGCUCGCUAUCAAGGCCGUCAUGCUCGUGUUGGAAGAGACGCCGAAGCGCGCGUACCUGCCGGAUAGCGAGAAAUAUGUUGCGGUGGAGUGCACCACCGGCGUCGUGAGCCGAAGCCUGUUCUGGUGGUUGAAUGGUCUGUUCUUCCAGGGCUUCAGGCUGCUCAUCGGGCUGGAGGAUCUGGGGCCAAUUGAUCCCAAGUUUGACUCGGCAGUUUUGCUUGACACACUCGACCGAGUAUGGUCCAAGGCCGAGAAAAACAGUAAAUGGAGUCUCAUCAGAAGUGUGUUCUGGGCAUACAGGACCACCUUUCUUGCAGCAGUCCUCCCUCGCAUCCUCUUCGCGGGCUUCAUCUUUUCCCAGCCAUUUCUCGUCAAUCAGAUUGUAAACUUUGUUGGGAGUCCCCGAACGGAGAGUUCGAAGAACAUUGCCGGCGGUCUUGUCGGCGCAACGGCGUUGAUAAAUUGUGGAAUCGCUGUCUCAAGAUGCUGGUACCAGCACAUGACAUUCCAGCUCGUGACGCUCUUCCGCGGCGGCCUCGUCUCCCUCAUCUUUAAAAAGACGCUCAGCCUCGACGCUUCGGUGAUUAAAGACUCAGCGCCCGUGACGCUUAUGAGCGUCGACAUUGAAAAUAUUGCCGUGUCCAUGACGUUUAUCCACGACGUCUGGGCUGCGGCUGUUGAACUCCCGGUAGGGGUGUAUCUGCUGUACCGACAGGUCGGCCCUCCUUGUUUUCUCCUGCUCAUCCCAGGCCUAGUCUGUACUGCUCUUACAACAAAGCUCUCCACGCGCAUGGCACCGGCGCGCGUCGCAUGGAACCAAGGCGUACAGAAGCGCGUCUCCAUCACAUCGUCCAUGCUCACGCAGAUCAAGGGCAUCAAAAUGAUGGGUCUAACAGACCACUUCUCCAACAUCAUCCAGAAGCUGCGCGUCUCGGAGCUGAAGCUCUCCACCAAGUUCAGAAUCCUCGUCACCAUCCUGAGUGUAAUCGCCGGCAUCGCCCAGCAAUUCACCCCAAUCGUCAUCAUCGCCGCCGCCGUCUUCUGGACAAGAGCGGAGCAAGGCCUCACCAUCGCCGAAGCGUUCACAGCUCUGUCCAUCAUCGUGCUGGUCUCGCAACCCCUCAUCAAGCUCAUCUCGUCCAUCAUGCAGCUCAUGGGAGCCUUCGGCUGCUUCAUGCGCAUCCAAGAGUUUCUUCUCUUGGAUGAAAUUAUCGACCAGCGGCAGAUCAUCACUGGCUCUUCCAAGGCCUCUUUGGAGUCUAACCGCCCGCUGCCGAGUAUCCACAGCUCCGAUUUGCAGCCCCUGACUCCACGGGCGGCCGAGUCGACGAAGAACACCGAAAUUGAGCUUUGUUCUUUGAGGGAAACGAUUAGAACUUCCUCCGUUACCUCAGGCGAUACCAACAAGCCCGUGGUCACCAUAAGUGAUGCAACACUGGUCCUGAAAGACGGCACCGAGAUGUUGAAGAAUGUGUCCCUUGCCCUCCGACAAGCUACCAUUUCAAUGCUCGUCGGACGCGUAGGCUGCGGUAAAUCGUUGCUACUGAAAGCCAUGCUAGGAGAAACCGGCAUCUCGUCCGGCAGCAUCACGAUACACACCUCGUCCGUCGCCUUUUGCGAUCAGUCCGCCUGGCUACGUAACGUUUCCAUCAAGGACAACAUCAUAGGCCAGUCACCUUUCGAUCAAGCCUGGUUCUCCGCUGUCGUGCGAGCCUGCGCGCUCGAUGAAGACAUUGCGCUGUUUAUUGAGGCCGAGGAUACCAUUGUCGGCACCGGUGGUGUAGCACUCAGUGGUGGCCAGAAGCAGAGAGUGGCUCUGGCUCGCGCAGUCUACUCACGCAAGAAAUUACUUCUCCUUGACGACGUCUUCAGUGGCCUUGAUAAUUCAACAUGUAAGGCUGUUUUCCGGCGUCUUCUAGGUCCGGAUGGGCUUCUACAUCAAGCGGGCAUGACGGUAUUUCUCGCAACCAAUCACGUCAACUUCCUCCGCUCGGCCGACUGCAUCACCAUGAUUCAAGAUGGUACUAUCCUCCAUAACCAGAUUUCUUUCGACUCUAUCCCGCAGUCCGCAUGGGGCCAUCUCGUUGAGGAAGAGACCGAAGGAAGAAGCCCCGACGAGGACGUCGAAUCGGCUGAGAGUCUCGCCAAAGACUCAAAACCCACUAGAGUAGAUCGGCUUGUCGUCGUCGCUCCCGGAGCCACGGAGGCCGAGUUGACGAGGCAGACGGGCGACACUGAGUGCUACCGGAUGUACUUCAACUCCAUUGGGUGGCCCAUCUUGGUUGUGUUUCUCAUCCUCAACGUCAUGUUUGUUGCUUUCACAAAGAUGCCUCAAAUUUGGUUACGAAUCUGGACUGAACACGGCACGAACGACCGGCCGGCAAUGCAUUUCGGAAUCUACGUCAUGUUUGGUCUCCUCUGCAUCGUCCUCAAUGGCGUAGCACUAGGUUUCUGGAUGCUGCUCGCCAUCCCCCGAUCCGCGAAUCACCUCCACCAAACCCUUCUCAAAGCAGUUCUCGCCGCACCCCUCUACUUCUUCACAACAACAGACAGCGGCGUCACCCUCAACCGCUUCAGCCAAGACAUGGCCCUCAUAGACCACCGCCUCCCCAUCUCCGCCUGGGCCACAAUCCACAGCUUCCUCACCGUCCUCGCCGAGACCGCCAUCAUCGCCACAGGAAGCUCCUACAUCGCCGCCCUCAUCCCCCCGUCCUUCCUCGCCCUCUACCUCUUACAAAAGUACUACCUCCGCACCUCCCGCCAGCUCCGCCACAUCGACCUCGAAGCCAAGUCCCCGCUCUUCACCCACUUCUCCGAGGUCCUGGCGGGACUACCCACCAUCCGCGCUUUUGCCUGGUCGCCGGCCAUGCUCCGCGAGAACCACGCGCUGCUCGACGCCUCGCAGCGGCCGUAUUACCUCUUCUUCUGCGUUCAGCGCUGGCUCAACGUCGUGCUGGACCUUUUCAUUGCGGGUAUGGCUGUCGUUCUCGUGGCGUUUGCGCUGUAUUUCACGAAUGCUACGACCAUGGGCGCCAUUGGUCUCGCCAUGGUGAAUAUCAUCAACUUUAAUCAGACGCUGGGUGAUUUCAUCGAAAUGUGGACCAUGUUGGAGACGAGUCUUGGUGCAAUUGCGAGGUUGAAGUAUUUUGUGCGGUAUACCCCGCGCGAAGACCGCGAUGGGGAGACGAACGAGAUGCCGCCGGCAUGGCCUGGAAGUGGGAAGAUUGAGAUUGAGAACGUGACGGCUGCGUAUAGUAACGAAACUGAGCCCGUCUUGAGAAAUGUAUCCUUGACGAUAGAACCAGGCCAAAAGAUUGGCAUCUGCGGACGCUCUGGCUCCGGCAAAUCCUCCCUCCUCCUCACACUCCUCCGUCUUCUCGACCUCAAGUCCGAAGAAGGAGAAGGAGGAGGCAAAGGAGACCUCAGAAUCGCCUCUCAUUCCCUCCUAGCCCUCCCCCGCUCCGCCAUCCGCACAUCCCUCACCACACUCCCACAGGAUCCAGUCCUACUACCGGGCACCGUCCGCGAGAACCUCGACCCCGGAGGUCACACGCCCGACGUCGACCUAAUCUCCGCCUUGCGCGAGAUGAAGGUAUGGGAGCCCAUUGAAGCGCGAGCCGGCGGCGGUCUAGACACGGAAAUGUCCGCAACGGGGCUGAGUGCGGGACAGAAGCAGCUGUUUUGCCUUGCCAGAGCGGUGUUGAGGAAGCGGUCGGGGGGUAUUGUUUUGCUUGAUGAGGCGACGAGUAAUGUUGACCAUGCUACUGAUGAGGAAGUUAGGAAGGUUUUGGAUGAGGUGUUUGGGGAGGCGGGUGUUACUGUAGUUGAGGUUGCGCAUCGGUUGGAGGCUAUAGUUGGGUAUGAUGUGGUUGUCGUGAUGCAUGAGGGUCGGGUGGUGGAGGUUGGCAAGCCGAAGGAGUUGUUGGUUCAGGCAUCACGGUUUCGGAGUCUUUGGGAUAGCCGGGGGGCUUGAGAGCGGCGAGCGUGACCUUCAAGUAUAUCUUCAAUGAAGAGUACUCACUAUAGAAGCAUGAAGGUUCCAGUAUGGUCACAAAUAAUGUGAAGAUAUCGAAACACGCCG